GCAUGGAUAGUGCUGCAAAGCACGUUGCUGUUGGUGUUGCAAAACGCACGUUCUCCUUAUUUGUUGCUAAUGUUUUUUGGGAGUGGUUUUGUUUGUUAAUUUAAGUCGUUUAUUUACAUUGAGCUUAUCCGCUAUCUUUCGAUUGCGUUAAUUACUCAAGAUAUACGAUGAAAUCGUGGGAGAUAGCUUUGGUGUUAGUCGCCGCAGUUUACUUGUGUUCGCAAGUAAACUUCGUGGCCGGUCUGGAGUGCUAUGUGUGCUCCAACCAAACGGGCAACACGGAAAAGUGCCUGAACACCAUCAAGACCUGCGAGCCCUUUGAAAAUGUCUGUGGUACGGAGAUCCGCUGGGGAUCCCAGCCGUACUUCUCGGAAGGUGCCCUGAAGCAGUACUAUGUGUCCAAGAGAUGCAUGACCAAGGAGCAGUGCCAGUCCAAGAGGAAGCGGUAUAUGCAGCUGUACUGUACCCACAUCUGGUACGAGGAUUGGGCUUGCAAUGAGUGCUGCAAGGGAGAUCGCUGCAACUACUUUGUGAUUAGCGGCGCUCCUUCAAGGCAAGGUUAUGGAGUCUUGUUCACCGUACUACUCGGUCUUGGAUCUUGGCUGAUGUCACGCUCUUAGCCUAAAGAGCCUAUGCGAUACCAAGCACAUUUCGCUUUUUGUAUUAUUUAAACGAAGCCGUCCAUAAGCUAAGUAGAUUCCCCUCUCGAUUUUAAACUACACCGUCCAAGUGCCUUGACUCAGUUGGGAAGUAAAUACUAUCCUGCUGCCUUGCGAAGCGGACUGCCCUCUCAAUACUUUCAUACAUACUUUCAACAAGGUACAUUAUAUUUGUAAAUUGACGAGGAGUUGUUUUUCUUGUGUUUUUAAACUUUUACACUUUUUAGCGUAUCAUAAUUGCUUACAUAUUCCAUAAUUUUUAAAUUUCUUAAUUUUUUUGAGACACUUAUACAUCAAUGACCAUAAUGACCAUUGUUUUUAGAAUUUUAUUAAUGAAUACACAUUUUCGGGCACGAAAUUUCCAAAAGCAAGUUAUCUAAGAGGAAGCUCAAACAUCUACAUUAAGUAAUGUCUACUGUAAGAAUGAAAAGAAUGCCUUAAAGAAAAUUAAUCAGUUCCAUAUCGAAUCUCCCCCACAAUAAAGCAACUUUGACGUCUUUUUGGCGCUUUAA